AUGAAUUUCAUCAACGGUGUCGAUAUGUCAAACACGAUCGAAGGUCAAUUGUUAAUCAAAUACUUUAAAGGUUCAAACGAUUUAGUAAGGACUACUAUUCCGUUAUACAAAUAUCCAAAAAACGAAAAUACAAAUUAUAGAAAGAUUAAAACACAAAUAGCUACCAACACCGACUUUAAACUAACAAAUAUUCAAAAACUCAACUUAUUAACACUCGAUUUCGAGAAACCAAAAGCAAUUAACCCACCAUCAAACCAACCACACACAACUCAAAUAACCGAAGACGAAGGUCAAAGAUUGAAGGAUGAAGCACACGAGAUUCUUACUAAAUUAAGGACAUCUUCGUUGAACAUAUUCCAAAAUUUGAACCACCUUCUCGUCAAGGUUUCGACAUGGAGAGGAGUUAAUAAACAAACAGAAGACUUUGCAUUGGACAUACUCAAAUCCACAAAGAACUGCAAAUACUUCUCAGUAGUUGAUGCUAAGUCAGGUUUCCAUCUGUUACAAGUUAAAGAAGAACACAUAAAUUUCACAGCCUUCUCAUUCAAAGGUAAACUUUAUCAAUUCCGUAGAGAACCUUUCGAUGGUUCCAAACCAGUUAUAGAUAAGGUAGAAGCAAUUUACAACCUACCAAUUACCACUACUGUCACAGAAAUAAGAUCUUUUCUUGGAAGUUGUAACUACUUGAGGAGGUUCAUUUCAAACUAUUCCGAACUCACAGCCAGAUUAACAGCUCUCACAGGUACUAGAACAACAAGAAUCACAAUCACAGACGAGAAAUAA